ACUCGCACUUCUUUGAAGACUUGAAGACUCGAGAUGAUUCAUAUUUCAAGAACGCCGGAGUUCUCCAACUGUGGAAACAUGAACACCAUCUCGAUGUGCACCUCGUCUGAGCAGGACAUGGGCUCGGUGGCUGGAGGAAGAAGCAGGCAAAGGUCUCACUCUUAUUAUAGUACAGAGGACUGCAAGAACUACGGUGUGCAGACGCAGACAGAGCAGACCUACCUGAGACCUCGCUCCAGGUCCUUUUACAGUUACGAGACGUCAGAGCUUCAUUCUGACUAUGAUGUUGGAAACUCUAUGAGGUCCAGUCCACUGGGCCCGAGGGCCGGCUCCGUGAUCCAGUCCCAAGUGAACAAAAAGAGAGAAGGGGAUGGUGUUCGAGUCUCCUCCAAGUCCAAACCAAACAAGCACUCCUCAUCUAGAGAACUUAACGGCAGUAAAGGCAACCUGAAGCCGGUCUCCAUGAUGACCAUCUCUGAGUCGGACGACUGGGAGAUCUGCUCCAGCUCGGGGAUGAAGUACGGACAGUUUGUCGACUGGGAGAAAAUAGACCCCGAAGCUGCAGAGAGAUACCAGCGGAUCCUGAAGAGCGACCACCAGCAGCUGAAAACAAUGGGCCGAGGAGGAUUCUGGGCCAUGCCGCACACGCUCAGGGCCAAAGCCUACUACCACAUCAUCCACGGCAUCAACUCCAGUGGAUCCGUCUAUCCAGACAGAGAUGUCUACUAUGAGCUGUCCAAGGAGCUCUUUGGAGAGCAGAAAAUCAGCACCCACCCAGUCCCAGAGUACAUGGAGGCAGGAGAAAUACCCAGAUACUGUCUCAACAAAGUCGGCAUGAACUCUGUCAAAAAGAUCCUCCUUUGCCUCGGCAAAUACUUCCCAGACAUGAACUUCUGCCCCAUACUGCCCGAGUUGGUUUCCCUCAUCCUCCACUUCAGCGAGGACGAAGCCGAGUGUUUCCACAGCGUGUCCCGACUAAUCUGCUACAACGACGCCAACAAGCGCUACAUCGACGAAACCUUCCUCACCUACCGCGCUUCCUGUAUGACCUUCGGAGACCUCGCGAACAGAUGUUGCAAAGGGAUCCGGAAGCUGAUCGCCAGCUCUCACCAGAACCUCUUUGAGUUUUACUCUGAUUGGAUCAUGUGGAUAUUUGCGGACCUUCCCUUCACGUAUGCCAUCAGAGUGCUCGAUGUCUACCUAUUGGAAGGCUACAAGGUCCUCUACAGGGUGGCGCUGGCUUUGCUCAGCCUGUACAAAGUGUCCGUAUCAUCCAGAGUGGCGGACGUGGAGGACUUCAGGACGGAUAUGAAGAGUUUCGUGCAGAGCAUAGCACGCCACUGCACGGCUGAGAAGCUUCUGGAGAAGGCCUUCAAGAUUCCCAUGGCCAUGCGGAGGGAACUCAACCUCCUGUUCAACGCCAAUAAGGACUCCCUCAUGCAAAAAGGGGUCAGCAUACACCAGAAGAGGCAGGUGGUUGAGACGGUGGACUUUAACAACUUCACGUCCAAUGUUGUGACGGCGACCGGGAUGAGAGUCAUCUGGGCCUGGAUACCUGAGCGAUUUGCCCUUUUCAGCCCCAUCAGGCUGUUUAAUACGGGCGAACACGGAAGAAGUCUCGCUUCAUUCUACUCACAUGUGGAGGGACACGAGCCGGUGGUUCUGAUUAUCAAAACUGUGGAUGAAGAGGUCUUUGGCGCCUUCCUGUCAACAGAUCUGAUAGAAAGACGAAAGCAUGACUCGGAUGGGCUCACGUAUUUUGGAACUGGAGAGUGUUUUGUGUUCACGCUCCGUCCCAACAUGGAGCGUUACCAGCAGGCUAUGGUCAACAUCAUGACCAGGAGAGCUUCCCCUCAGCUUCCUCGAGCGAACAACGCUCCCUCAUGUGAGAUAUCCAGUCGGAGCUGCUGCCCCAUCACCUCCACCACGACUCUGACCUGUCCUGCCGGGACGCCCCAAGACCCCAGCUACCUGACGAUCCCCUUCACUGCCCCGUCAGAGGAACCCAUGACAGCCAAAGAGCCGAAGAGAGCCAAGGAGCAAGAAGCCUCCAUGUUCAUAGCAGGCAGCGACAGUCAGCUCAUCAUCGGUGGUGACGGCGGCCAUGCGCUCCGCCUACAGGAAGACCUGGAGGGAGGAUGCUCGGAGCCUUGUGACACAUUUAAGAGCAUCCCACUGUGCAAGAGACAUUUCAAGGUUCAGGCAUUGGAAGUGUGGGGCAUCCAGAACUCCAUCUCCCUUUCUCCCAGUUUCCCCACUCAGUAGAAUAACAGCAGGGUCACUCUGUGCUGUGUUGUGUACAUUGUGAAGCAGCUGAGUGAGUUUCACUGACAUGUCCACACGUUAGGUUGAUCUGUAUAGCCUCACUGUGACGUGUGGGCCCCGCCUCAUGGAAACAUGCAGCAUGCAGUGUGAGGGCCCUGACAGACCUUUUGUAGAGUCUUAGUUUGUCUGGUCUGGGCUGUAGAGACAUGGCGUUUCACGAUGGCGGACUCCGUGGAAGAGGACCUGCGCAGUCCGUAGUUAUGAAAGUCACAAAAACAUAAAGGUCAAAUUCCACCGGGCACAGAUGUGAUGCUUUCUAAUCGCAGCCCCGUAGUUUGAAACCAGAAGCUCCAUGGUCAGCACCACAGGCCGUGACGUGACAGAGACAGUGUUAUUUUUAGGUUAUUAAACACUAAUGAAAACAGAGUUAUGAAGAUUAUAUUCUGCAGAUCUGACCCACUGGACCUUUAAACGGUGAAUCUGAAUCUGCAGGGCUGCUUGUAAAUACCUCUUCUGCAUUGUUUUUACAGUUUAGCUGCAUUUGAUACACAAUGAAACUAU